AAAGGCGCGCUCUCCCCGGCGGCGGCGGCGGCGGGGCGGAGGCAUCAUGGCCGCGAAGUCGGACGGGCGGCUGAAGAUGAAGAAGGGCGGCGAGGUGGCGUUCACGCCGCUGCAGAACUCGGACCACUCGGGCUCGGUGCAGGCGCUGGCCCCGGGGCUGCCCUCGGGCGCGGGGCCGGGCGGCGGCGGCGGCGAGACAGCGGGGGGCGGCUGCUGCUGCUGCGGCGGGGACGGCUCGGGCGGCGGCUCCAGCUGCUGCGGCGGGGGAAGAGGCGGCGGCUCCCGCGGCUCGGGCGGGGGCUCGUCGGCGCUGUGCCUGCGGCUGGGCCGGGAGCAGCGGCGCUACUCGCUGUGGGACGGCCUGUGGAUCCUGGCCGCCUUGGCCGUGUACUUCGCCGACGUGGGCACCGACGUCUGGCUGGCGGUCGAUUACUACGUGCGGGGCCAGCGCUGGUGGUUCGGGCUGACCCUCUUCUUCGUGCUGCUCGGCUCCCUCUCCGUGCAGGUGUUCAGCUUCCGCUGGUUCGUGCACGACUUCAGCACCCAGGACAGCGCCGCCGCCGGGGCUGCCGGCCACUGCCCGGCCGCCGAGAGCAAACUGUUGGUGAGCAGCGGCUCGGCGGCCGGGGACAUGGACGCCCCUCGCCCCUGCACGCCGCAGAGGCAGUCGUCCAACGCCAGCAAAAGCAACGCCACCACGGCCACCAACAGCAGCAGCAGCAGCAGCACCAGCGGCGGCAGGGCCGGCAAGAGCAGGUCCGCCUCCUGCGCCUUCUGCAUCUGGCUCCUGCAGUCCCUCAUCCACAUCCUGCAGCUCGGGCAGAUCUGGAGGUAUUUCCAUACGAUAUACUUAGGUAUCCGCAGUCGACAGAGUGGAGAGAACGACAGAUGGCGGUUUUAUUGGAAAAUGGUAUAUGAGUAUGCAGAUGUGAGUAUGCUGCACUUGCUAGCCACAUUUCUGGAAAGUGCACCACAGUUGGUUCUGCAGCUCUGUAUUAUUGUACAGACUCGUACUCUACAGGCUCUCCAAGGUCUUACAGCUGCAGCAUCUCUUGUGUCCCUGGCUUGGGCUUUGGCUUCCUACCAGAAAGCCCUUCGUGACUCCCGCGAUGACAAGAAACCCAUCAGUUAUAUGGCUGUUAUAAUCCAGUUUUGCUGGCAUUUCUUCACAAUUGCAGCUAGGGUCAUUACUUUUGCUCUCUUUGCCUCAGUUUUCCAGCUGUACUUUGGGAUCUUCAUAGUCCUCCACUGGUGUAUCAUGACCUUCUGGAUCGUCCAUUGUGAAACAGAGUUCUGCAUCACUAAAUGGGAAGAGAUAGUGUUUGAUAUGGUUGUUGGGAUUAUCUAUAUAUUUAGCUGGUUCAAUGUCAAGGAAGGAAGGACACGUUGCAGGCUCUUCAUAUACUAUUUUGUGAUCCUUUUGGAAAACACUGCCUUGAGUGCUCUCUGGUAUCUGUACAAGGCCCCACUGAUCUCUGAUGCUUUCGCCAUACCAGCACUGUGUGUGGUGUUCAGCAGCUUUUUAACAGGCAUUGUUUUUAUGCUGAUGUACUAUGCCUUCUUUCAUCCCAAUGGACCAAGAUUUGGGCAGUCACCCAGCUGUGCUUGUGAGGACCCUGUCGCUGCCUUCACUAUGCCCCCAGAAGUGGCAACAAACACUCUAAGGUCUAUCUCUAACAAUCGGAGUGUCACAAGUGAUCGGGAUCAGAAAUUGGCAGAGAGGGAUGGGUGCGUGCCUGUCUUCCAGGUAAGGCCCACUGCACCUUCAACACCUUCAUCCCGGCCACCAAGGAUUGAAGAGUCAGUCAUUAAAAUUGAUCUGUUCAGGAACAGAUACCCAGCCUGGGAGAGACACGUUUUGGACAGAAGCCUGAGGAAGGCUAUCUUAGCUUUUGAAUGUUCACCCACUCCUCCACGACUACAGUAUAAAGACGAUGCCCUUAUUCAGGAGCGCUUGGAAUAUGAAACCACUUUAUAAAAAAUAAUAAAGACUUGAAGAAGCUACAAAGUUACAGUCCAAAUUAAGGGUUGACAGUAGGGCUGUGGCAAUAACUAAACUGCAUACUACAACAGAGCAGCGAGCGGUAGUUUUCAUAGUCUGGCUAUCAUCAUGAUUAUCAUUUGAUCCUCUGUUUGCAGUCUGUCUGCAGUUCACUUAUAAAGCAGCAUCACCUGAGAGCCUCAAAAAAUCUAUUACUUCAGCUGGGAAAUAGACCCAGCUCAUGACUCCUUGCUGCUAUGGAACUCUGCUACACAAUACUUACGAUCAACAGGAAGAUUCUGAUGAGAGCUUUCAACUUUAACCAAUAGUGCAUUUUACUUUAGAAAUGAAUGAUUGAUAUUUGCUUAUUUAAUGACAAAAAAAUUGUCAAAAUAGCUUAACUGUACCAGGCAAUGUUGCUGUUAUAGAAACUCUGGUUUCUGCAAAAAUGAUAGGAAUAUAAUCCUUAAAUCUACAGCAGAUACACCUUCAGUUUAGAAUAGAUUUGCAAAAUAGUUCUCAAUCAAAAAAGUACACUGUCAUGUUUGCAAGCCUAUCAAAGGAGAGUAAACUAGAGUCUGAUUAAUCAGGUAAUAAGCAUUAGUACCAACAGAACUGCUAGUUUUCUAUAGAAUUCAAGAUUCAUUUUAAUUAAAAUUUCAGUUACUUUUGACAGAAAUCCUAUGCAGCUCACCUCUGGCUUUCAGCAGGAACAAGGCGCUCUAGCCCUUAGUGAUGUAAAUUAAAUGAUAAUCAUGAUUCAGUGUUCAAUUUGCAAAAACUGGAACAAGGAAAAGAAAGAACAAGGAAAGUGUAGGUUUCAUACUCUGAACUUUUGAGAACCAUGUUUAGAUUCUGAGAGGAAAACAUCAGGAUAUGACACAUUGUAACUUAAAUCUGUUUCAGGACUCAGAAUGCAUGGCUCUGUGUGUGAAUGUAUGCAGGUGUGAUAAGAGACGCAACAUGCCAUAUCCUUCUAGUGCCAAACACUGUAUAACUACAAGAUUGAUAUUGUUGCCUGAGGGACAGAAAAUGAAUGGCAGGAGGCCUACAAGAGCAGGAAGCAAGAAAGAACAAUCAAGUUCUCCACAUGUACAGACAGCUCUGUUUUUUCCCCCACCCAAGGUGAAAGUGAUGUCUUUUAGAGGCUUUCAGCCACCUGUUAGUAAGUAUAUACAGUAAAGUACAAUUAAACCAAGCUAUGUGGAAGACCCUCUUGAAACUAUUCAAGACAUGGUUCCAUAUCUAUCUAAAAAUGAUGUUGACUCACUUGUAAAAUGAGUGUUUUUGCUGCAAGCUUCUGGGUUUUAAAUACUAUACCUCCCUAGGGUAUGAUCAAGUCAAUGGUAUCCUUCUUUCUGUUAAAAGUAUCCCCUGAUGGUGCUUUCAGUUGCAUUAAAGAUGCAAGUCAAAAUUUGAUAGUAUUUUUUUUAAAGCUGGUGCAGAGUGAAUAACUCAUGGAUUAUUUCAAUAUUUUUGUAAAGUAAAAAUAUGGUAUAUAACGGUGUUACUUUUUAUAAACCGCAAAUCUUUUAAUACAUCUCAUUCUCUUUAAUAAGAUAGAAUUUAAGAACUGGUCCACAAAUUAUAUCAACUGGCCUCCACAGGUUGAUGUAAACAUGUUUUUCACACUUUAUGGAUUUAUUUUGCAGUGUAAUGCCAUAUGAAAGCCUACAUGGGUACUUUUAGAAUAUUCCAUAAAAAGUGAAUCCUGUUUCAAGUAUAGGUGGGUUGUAAAGACACCAAAGGGUUUCCAUGAGAAACAACUCGGUAUAACUAUGUCCAUACAUUUUAGGAAAGUGGAGCACAACUGUUUUAAGCAGCAUUGUCAGAGUGGAGAAAAGCUGUGAUUUUGAUAUUUUAACCACUGUCAGGUAUAUUAAGUGUAGUCACUGCUGUAUAUGUUCCUGGAUACGUUCAGUCUUUCCUGUUAUAAUAUUUGUAAUAUGAAAUAACAGAAGUUACAUCGCAUAUGGUUUCUUUGUAUACAUUCAAUUAGCCAUUUUCAAUACUUACAUAAUUUUUAUAUUGCUGAAAUGUUCAAAAUCUGUUGUUCUUUGGUACGGGCAAGAUCCUCAGAACAAAAUAUCUCUGAAAGGGCAGGAAUCUGCAAGAGAGAAAAAUAGCAAAAUUUUACUAUGACCAGAAAAAUCGCCCAGGUUCAAAGAUUUGCAUAGAUGUUUGCAAAUUAAGCAGUAGCCAGUUGCAUGCAUGGUCAUUUUUAAAUGAAAUGAUCAUUUGAUAGUCAGAACAUGAAAUCUUUCCCCCUUCCACAAGGGUUCACCUGAUUAUUCAGUAGACAUUAUUCUGAAUUUGUCAGAAAAUAUACUGCUGCUACAACCAAUUAAAAAGUUUUGGGAAAUCAAGUCCUUUGUCUAAUCAAAUUCAACAGAGCUUUCAUUCCAUAAGCACACACCAGAUCAACAUGUAAAAGAAAUGGUGUCUAUACAAACCAAGCAGCCCAAGUUUUUCUUACCUGAAACAUCAGGGACUAGAUUCACAAUGGCUAAGUCCAGCCUUUAAGCCCCACUGGCAUUCACAAAACCACAGUUCAGCUACCAUUUAGUCCUGCAGGUGCUAAAAUCCCUAAGUACCUACAUUUCAGCUAUUAAAGUCCCUGAGGUCCCUCACGUUCUUCUGCUGGGCAUGCAAACAGUCACCUAAGUUCUGACACCACUGAGCAGCUUAGCAUCAUAAGCCCUAGUGGGAUUCAUAAACUAGGCUCUCCCCAGCUGACUCACGCUGGUAGGCAUGUUCAGAGUACGCCUAACCUCACAAAAAAGACAACCUGUGGAGGAGGUGGUUCCCCCUACUUUUACCAGUAGUCAGCAUGCUCACUUUGCGUGUGUGAGACCCAGGUUCAAAUCCCUUCUCUACCUGCUAUAGAGCAGGGAUUUGAACACAGGUCUUCAUUCUUCCAGAUGAGAGCCCUAACCACUGGACUAUAGGGUAUUCUGGGAUGAGUCUGUCAAUUUCUUAUAUUGGAGCUGUUCCACCACCUUUCCCUCCUCCUGGGUUAUUCCUGAGAAAGGACUAAUCUGGUUUAAGUGCCUAACUCAAGGAGAGGGCUCACAGUUGUAAAUCCCAAGGGGAGACAGGCACCUUCUUCCUGUCCAGAGUUAGGUGCCUAAGUCUCUCUGAAGCCCCAACCCUCUCCUUAGCAUUUCCUUCUGGCUAUCUUAAGUAGCUCCCUGCCCUGCUUGCUGGCUUCUAUUAACCUCUUCUUUAGGCGCCUAACUCUCCCCAUUCAUUGAAUAAGUGCCUACCGUGGGGUUGUGCAUUCCACUAGGUGGCAGGGUGCCUAAAAAUUAGGUGUUGCAAUGCUGAGCAUUUUAACUCCUAAAUCUCCCUUGUGAAUCUAGUUCCAGGUCUUUUGAAAAAAAUACUAGAUAUUGACAUCUACUGGAAUAAUUAAAAAUCUGCACAUGUGAAAACAGUAUGCAGUGCUUUUCCAAAUCCUAAAUCUAAGUUUUGGUGAGGCUUACAGAAGCACUUUGUUUAAAGGAACUUUGUCAAAGUCCAGAUUUUGCAUCACAAGAUUUUUGCUUUGGGUUUUUUUACUUUCUAGAGUUCAAUUUCUCUAUUCUCCCACCAAUUCUUUUUUCUAGUAUGCAUAGUCUCUCUCUAGAAAUAAAUCCAGUUGUGUUCAUGGAGAAAGAAACAUUUUAUAGUAAGUAAAAUUUUGAUCCCCAAAAACUUCAUUUGUCACAUUCGUCAAUAUCAUUGAUAGUUGGAAAGCGAUCAGAAUACACAUUAAAAUCUAUCUUUGUAAUGAACUACGUAGACUGACUGUUUUGCCAUGAACAGUCAAGCUAAAUAGUGGUAAGAACAUUUUUUUAGGAGUUCUCUCUGUUAAACACAGCCCAUUCCAGAAACCUCAGUACUGCCUUAUGAAUAGUUAAUAAUGGACAUGCACUAUUCUAUUUAUCACAAAUGAUAGUUUUAGGAUUAACCAAUAAAGUUCAAGUAGGAUGGCAAUAGGAAAAAUGAAUGUUAAAACUUAAGCUUUUGCUUUUGAAGUAAUCAAAAAUCAAUUCUUUAACAUUCCAUUCAAGAAUAACAGGAAAAUGACACAAAACACAUAAAUAAAUGAAAGCUCAAAAUUAUGCUCUGGUGGAGGAAAAGUAUUGUAUUGUCUCUGUGUGUUAGAAAUUAAUUUCACAUUAGCUUUGUCUAGUGAGCUGUGCACAUUUACCAGUAGAUCUAAAUGAAAUGGAGCAGUUUAAACUCUGUCCUGAAACAUGGGCAUUUUAAAGUUUGUAGGUUUAUAUGUUUAAGAAAAGACAAUUUAAAUAACUGCAAACCAGUCAUUUAAGCACUGACACUGAUCUUUGAAAAGGGAUUCUUUAUCAUCUUAACAUGCAGUAGGUUAUGUAAAUAUUUAGUUUUCAUGGUUAUCAUAAACAUUCACCAUUAGCCUAUUUGUUUCUAAAAAAGCUUUUCAAGUGACUCUUCAUUGUUCAUCUUUCCUUAAAGCUCAUCAACAGCCUUAAAAAAAACCAGCACACUUCCUGGAGUGGUACUUAGCUAUAUCAUUGCUUCAGCUAACAAGGUUGCUAUUGCUUUGCUGCUCACCUUUUGAAGUGGUGCAGUUCAAUGUGACUGAGAUGCCGCAAUUUACCCUGUGACUGUCCCGCCCCUUACACUGGCCUGCACUAUGCCAAGGAAAUGACUUAAGCAGAGUGCUGGGGUUGUAGUGCUGCCUCUGUUGCCCCUGUGCGUGGUAGGAAGCAGAGUAAAUUGCAUUCAUCCAAACCAAACAGACAGACAAGAAUCCAUCUAAACAAGCUUAUUUCGGCUGAGCUGCUGCAGAAGGUGCAUGACGAAAAUAAUCACAACAUGUGCCCAUGAAUUAACAGGCUCAACACUGCAAUUACUAAUUCUAUAGUACAACAGCACAGAAUGUGGGAAGAAUUAUAUAAAAACACAAUGAGCCAUUUAAAUGUUGCUAAUUGUAGCGAUUCGGCUAACUCACAUGACGUCUGCUUUCUCAGCAGAAAGCCAAAUGGAAUAAGUGCAAUGGAACAGCAAUUUAUACACUAUAAACUUGUUAUGAAAUUCAUCCUCAAUUGUCUAUAGAAAAAAUGUCUGUUUACUAUAAUAUGGAUCCUUUCCUCUUUAUUCUGCUACAAGCGAUAACAUUUAAACUGAGAACAGAUCAAUUUAAAUCUAAGAACAGUCAGAUCUGAAUACGCAAUUCUGCAUUUGCACUGUGCCCAUAUUUCUUCGUGUUCACUUUGUUUUUUUUUAAACAGGUUACUGCAAUUAGUAUGAAUGAAUACAUUUUUAGAGAAAUUCUGUAUCAGUUUUACUCAUUUCUAAACUGCUGCAGUGAUCUGUUUCCAAGAUGAUUUACCUGUUCAAUCAAAUGCAAAUUUCACUGUAGAACUGAGGGCAUGAUCCUGCAAAAACAUGUUCAUGCAAAUCGUCCUUAUAGGAACAAUCUCACUGAAUUAAAUUCUAUGUUGAUAUUUUGCAAAGACUUUUGUAGCCCAUUGGACCUGAUUCUGAUCUCACUUGUUUUACAAUGGUAACCUCAUUGUCGUUAGUGGAAUUUCUCCUGAUAUGCAUUGAUGUAAAAGAGAUCAGAAUUAGGGCCAUUGACAUCAGUGGACAAUUUGUAUGAGUAAGGAUGACUUUUCUGGGUAAGGAUUUGCAGGAUCAGGCCCUCAGUCUGCAUUAUUAGCUCUACCCUGAAGUCAGCUGGAGCUUUGCUGUGGACUCUGAUGACAGCAGGAUCAGGACUUAAUAUCGCUCAACUACAGCAGAAAACUGCAUUCUAGAUUUAGUGAUGCUAAUCGUUUUUCUCUUUUCAGUGCUGACACUAAUAUAGCUGUAGUUUGUCUGGUUGACAUUUUUUUAUUUGUUGAUCUAUUCCUGUUAAGUGGACUUUGAAAAAUGUCUAUCCAACUUCAGUUUUUUAAAAUUAACAUUGUACAGUUUACUCUGGAACAGAACAAACAAAUGUAGUAACUUCAUGUAAACAUUGGAGUUCAAGCCUGCAGUUAUGUUUUAGAUUUCAUUAUUAGGACUUACUUACUUGUGCUGGGAAAAUCUAGUACACACUAGUAAGCCACAUGUCUAGUCUGGAUCCUGGAGGGAAGAUGCCAGAUACACAAAUAAGUAUAAAGAAUAGGAGUACUUGUGGCACCUUAGAGACUAACAAAUUUAUUUGAGCAUAAGCUUUCGUGAGCUACAGCUGACUUCAUCGGAUGCAUCAGACUAACACGGCUGCUACUCUGAAACAAAUAAGUAUCUGGCUGAUGGAGGGACACAAGGGGGCUGAAAGAGAUGUCUGUCUGUAAGCUCUGCGGUCACAGAAAGAUGCAUUCUCCAGCAAGUGUACAGAGUAAUUUGUGCCAUCCACACUUCUAGAAUUUAUGGUAUGGGCUAAUUUUGGGACCAAGGCAUUUUAGCUAUAUUAUAGAAGAGUUGUGGGUAUCACAUUUGGGGGUUACUAGGAUUUGGUAAGAUAAAUUACCAAAUAACAGAAAAUUCACAUGUAAUAGAUAAAAACACUUCACUAUUCAUAAAAAACACUUAGCCAAAACUUUGUUCUCCAGAAAUGAUUAGGACAAGGUCAAUUUAAAAUGUACCUGCUAAUACAUGUGGAAAUUACAAUAGCAGGAGCACUAGCUAUGCCUAAAAUAGAUAUGCCCUUCAAUUGUACAGGUAUAUUGCAUCCUCUUACUUCAGACCCUGGACAGGGAUAUUUGCUUCUGGUCUCUUAUUCCAUGGGCAGUUACUCGUGGUCUGGGAGGAAAAAAACCUCCAGAUCCAAUCAGUGGCUAUUAUGCCACUGUUCUGCAUUUCCAGCAGGCGGAACAAGUUAGCUGGAGCUCUGAUGCACUUCCACUCCAGCCACAAUAUGCCCACUUUUGCUGCUUUGCUGGCAGCGGUCAGAAAGGUCUGGUUUAAAGGUAAACAGACCCUGUACAGUCUAGUGCAGCAAGUGGAAUAGUCACUGCUCCACUGGGAAGGCUGCCUAUGGAAGUUGCGUGCAAAUGACUCACUCCAUGGGUAUGCAAUAAAUAGGCCUGAAUAUUUACCCUAAGCAAUACUGUUUAUGAAGAUUGUUUGUUUGUUUUUCUUACACAAACAAUGGGCUAACAUUGGGGCUAUAUCAAACACACAGGUAUAACUUUUUUUGGGGGGGGGGAUUAUACAUGUGGGGAUAACAAGGGUACACACACACACACACACACACUUUGUGUUCUGCAAUUCCCAAAGUGUUGGAUGGGAACAUUUGUCAAUGGAAAUAGAUUUACACAAAGAAUUUGUAACAGAAUUACAUUUUUUUUUCUUCCUUGAUGUUGUAUUUUUUACUCACUGUAAAAACGCUCUCUAGCACAAGUGUGUGCUAUAGGAAGUCACUGAAGUGUUUCUAGCAAACUGAAGAGCUAUAGGGUAUGAAUUGGUUGGUAACUAGCAUUUGAAAACAUUUUAUGUUUCUCCUGGACCUCAGCAUUUGACAUAAACUAAUUUUAAUGCUCCAGGACUCUUACCUUUGCCUGAGCACUAAGGUCCUUAUCCAGCUUCCCCUGAAAUCAGUGGGAGGCGUUUGGCUAACUUCAAUGGCCUUUGAAUCAGGUCUGAAAGAUUCAGUCCCACAGAGUACUGCUCAAUCCUGAGAAUUCCCCUCAAUUCCCACGGAAGUCAGCAGGAGCUGAGAGCACACAGCAGGAUGUGCUCAGAAUCAGGCUGGAUCACACCCUACAUUUAAAAUGAUGGUAACUGUGAAUUUAGUUAUCUGGGAGAUUCUAAUGCCAUUAUAUGUUUAGAUUAUGUUAAAUACAAAUGUGAAAGCAUUAUGUAUACAUUAGUGGCAAUACUCUGUCUGCACACCAACAGUGUACAGUCUGUGCAACUGAGAGUAGAAGUUGCCACUUAGGGUUCAAUCCUGCUCUGAUUGAAGUCAAUGGUAAAAGUCUCAUUUGACUUCAUUAAGAAUAGAAUUGGCCCCUAACACAGAAUAGUACAGAAAUUACAGAGUAAUAUACAGAGUCAAUAGUUUUCACAAUGGAAAUGAGUCUGCUGCUAAUAAUGCUGUACAAGUGUAAAGAGACAAAGUACUUCGGUGCACAUUAGCAUAGUUCCAGUGGCUUCUGGCAUAUGCCAUUUGAAGAUCUCACCCUGGUUAGAAUCCAAAGCAUGUGUGAAAGCAUGUGUGAAAACAUGUCAGGGCUUGUCUACACAGCAGGGUAAUGGACUCUUUGGGGUUUAAUGUUGUGCAUUAAGUGGUCUGUGUAGCCCUUACUGGUGCACAUAAAGGGUCCCUUGUGCUCUUUAUCAUGACGCUGUGUCAAACAACACUAUAUAAAAAGGGCACCAGCAGGGGCUACAUGGACAAGUUCAUGUGCAACAUGUUAGUGCGCUUGCGACAUCCCACCCCCAUAAAGUGCAUUACCCCACUGUAUAGACAAGCCCUCACAAAUCAUUGGUUUCCUUGAAAGUUCAAAUAGCCAUCCUAAGCUUUUGACUUAAAGAGACAUUGCAAAGACCUCUAGGCCAAACAUACAGUGUCUUUAAAGUUGCGCAUAUUUAUUCUAGUAGUGCAUUUGGUGUUUGUGUGUGUUAAGAGGGUCAGAAAAUAUACUGAGCCUUCCAGGGCUAAAUUAUUAAAAAAACAUUAAUGUGGGAUUUUGAUCAAUCUUUAAUAAAACAGUUCCUGCUUGGGUGAGAAUCCUUCAUGUGCCAAGGGGUCCCGUAGAAGGCUGAGCACUACUUAAGUACCACUUAAGGCCUGAAACAUAAAUAAUACAUAUGCCUUGUGCACGCUUUUGCACAGUGGUGAAUUUCUCCCUUUGUAUUUACAACACCAUUGUCUUCUUAUUAAUGAUUAUGAUUAUUUCUGUUUUACAAACUGUAGAAUAUGUGGGGAAAAAAAUCCAGGGCUUGAUUCUCAUUUACACUAAGGCCGUUUUAUGCAGUGUAAGGGGGCCUGAAUGUAAAGGAGACUCAGGCCCUAAGUCUCUGACAGCUCGUUGUUUUUGAUUUAUAUUAAAUUCUAAGUCUAGUGAAGCAUCAUCAUAAGGAAUAAUAAAGUGAUAACUGCAACAGGGAGAGCAUAGUUCACUUUUAUUGUUUUGGGGAGACUGUUGUACAAUAUCUAAUGCUGGUAUUUUAAUAAAAAAGAUGGGGAAUAGAAGAUGCCUCCAAUUAUAUUUAAUCAUCUAAAAUGCUAAGUAAAAUAAAAUGCACACUAACCUGUAGAAAACAGUGAAACAAUCAUAAAUACUCCUGCAAGUUGUCCAUGCACACAACUCCCAUGCAGGGAUUGCAGGAUUAGGUGCUAAAUAUAAAUAUUAAACUUGGUUAGUCAAAGAAAACAGGACAAAUAUCAGCAGAUACAUUAGGAGGCGGAAUUCCCCACUGCAUUGCUCCAGUAAAUGCCCCUGGAAUGCCACUAAAAUCAAUAGAGCUACAGUGCAUAACUGGAGUAACCAGUGGUGAAUGAGGCCCGGUGUGUUUUUAGUUUAAUUUUGAUCGCAGAAUACUAUAAGGAUUUGUUGUCAAACGCAGAUACUGUUACCAGGUAUACAUGUUUUAAAAGGAGAGAGGUGCUAGUCCAUGCAUUAUGUAGUACAGAAAAUAGCAGAUGCAUAUAUUUUAAGGGAAUGUUACAUCUGCUAAUUUAAAUGCAACACAAGUGCACAUUAGAGGAUAUUUAAAAAUAUUUUGAAUGUCUUACUAUUGCAUCUAUGUAUAACUAAUAUAAUUAAGCCCCAGGUCACUAACAUAUCAAAGAGCCAUGUCUUUGUUCUUUCUCUUAUUCUGCAUUAUUUUCAGUGCACCCCUAUGUCUUAACGUGUUUGAUGAGAAUUAAAACAUAUAUUAUAAAGCUAAGGAGGAAACCACUGGCAUGCUCACUAAAGACUCUUGAGUCUUCAGUUAUAUUAUGUAUAUCAAGAAAGCCCUUACACCUUCUCAACCUUCUGCAUAUCAAAACCCCAAUUUAAUAAAGAGCUUAUUUAGCUCAUGAGUAAGCCUAUUGUCGUCUUGAAGGCAUGGGGUUACUCAUGCUUAAAGUUAAGUGCAUGUUUAAGUGCUUUGCUGCAUUGAGUUUUAUGUGUACAAUACCUACGCGUUCCAGAUCUGAAUGGUCAUAUUAAUGACAGAGUUGAAAAGCUGUGGUAGCUUUCCAGUGAGAUCUGAAUUAUAUACAUAUGUCAGGUGAAAGUGGCCCAAUACUGCUGUAACAUGCAAGAGAGGGAAAAGAGCAAAAGAAGGAGGCAUGCUCCUCCUUUCGCACACACACAUGCACUCACAAACAGUGAAGCAGAAUCUCUGCAGCAGAACUCAACAGGGCACAAGGGGAAAAACUGGCUGACACACCAGCCUGCACACCAUAACACAUAGAGGCAUGGAGGUGUCCAUUUUAGGUAGCCUUUUCCCCUCCAGCCAGUUAAUACAUGUGCUGUGGUCAGCAGCAAAUAUUAGCCAUAGGCACACUUUGCUCCUGCUCAUAGGAAAAUCCAGAUAUAUUUCAUAGCUCAUUCCAUGCCCCAAAACUCCUCAUGGAGUACUUCCCUGGCCAGCUGGAGACAUUUCACUGAUGACACUAGACGUUCCUCUGUGCUUCUUCUCUCUGCCCUGAUCAGGGCAGGGUUUAGCCCAGAGUCAGCACUAUGUGAACAAUAAAAAAAUCUUCUUUAUCUCAGCAGCAAAGGCAUCCGUCACUAUUAAUACACUCAUGGUGCCAGCAUGUAUUUGCUGAUGCUAUUGAGCCCCGCUUUUCUAUUUUUACAGAAACACCUUGGAACUUGUCCAGUGUUACUCAAGGUGCAGUUAAUUUGCAGUUAAUUAAUUCAAGAGACAUUUUACUUUUGCAGAUUUGUGACUUUUAAUAACAUAAUCAAGCUACUGCAAGCAAACAUUAAUCAGUUAGGAGGAAAGAACACCAUUGUUAGCUUUGUGCCAUACUGUGCCUAAGGCUGGAGAGAGAAAGAAACCUACAAGAAAUAUGUUAAUAAAUUCAUACUGCCUAAUUUCGCAUCAUUCAUCUUAUGAAUCAUUCAGCCAUUUGAUUUGUUUCAUACACCUAAGAAGUUGUAUUAAAAAUGGAUUGGUGGGGAUGGCUCAAGAUACUGGGAAUGAGACACCACAACCUUGCCACUAGAUCAUCUGUUCAACUAUGGCCAAGCUCAACAAUGACCAAAAAAGCAUUUCUAGCUCAUGACUGUUCAUUGGCCUUUGUGAAGCGAUCAGUUCUUAGUGGAGAAAAGUCCACAUACCAGAAGUACGUGGCAACCUCAGCACUGAGGCCAAGGAUUGAAUGGACCUGGGGAGAAUAUGCUUUCACCCCAACAGUGGUAACAUCAGAUCAGGUUGUAGGCACUUUGGUAAGGGGCAGAGUGGGGAAAGUCUCUACCGGUGCCUGUACCAUACCUGUUCUGUGAAUAAGCAAAGAAGUUUACUCUGCAAAGUACUUAUUCUAGUACCUUUCACAAGCACGGAUAUGGCAGGAUGGUAAAUUUUCAAUGCAAUUUGUAAAAAGAGCAUUGAUGAAACUAGCACAAAUCUGUAGUGACUGAAAAUGUUCAUUACUAUUUGCUGAUUUAAAGUUGGUCUCACCUCAAUCUAGUUUAUUGCGGAAACGCACCCACAUCAUAACUGACAAUCUCAGCAGGGAGACAUAGGAUUGAAAGGACAUAGAGGAAGACAAAUGCUCUCUCCAUUCAAGAUUAAGGCACAUUUGUGGAGCAGUGUGGGGAAGAUGGCAUUGCUGCUUUCACUGAAUAAAGAGAGGAGUUCAGUCUUUAGAGUUCUCAAAUUGGUCCCCUUCAUUAGAACUAGGCUUUAAGUAUACUGCCGUGCAGUUUGGACUAUGGACGUGUGAAUAGCAGCAUGCACCGAAGUGCUGCACUGUCACUCCCCCGUGCGCAUGCAAACUAAAAGGUUCCCAGCUGACAUUCAGGUAGUCCUGUUGAAAGAGGCUUAUAUUAAUGCAAGCUAGGAACCUUUUAGUUCACUCCAGCGGCAGCCUGAUGGGGAGGAAGGGGCGGGUUACAGUACAUCACUUUGUUGUGCACUGCUACGCAUACACCCAUAGGCAAAAACUGCGGGGCAGUGUAGCGAAGCACCUAGAUUCUCUUAACAACAAUAAAAAAUGGCCCCAAUACCAAAAGGUUAUUUAUUUUAAGAUGCAACUGCUGCUUCCUCUGCUAAUUUCAAUUUGAGGAAAUCUCCAGGUUUUUAAAUGUUUGUAACUAAUUUGCACAAGAAAGACAGGAUAUAAAAUAUAGCCUUUAAAAUGUCACUUUAUUUCUAUAGACAGUGGUUACUUAUUAACAAUAAAUACAACACUGUUCUUGCAAACCAUGCUCAUUAGCAGCAAAGAUUUUGUGUGGGUGUGUUGAUUAUUGUUAAAUUUAAAAAUCAAAGAAAACUAAGAGAGCACAUUAAGUUAAAGAUCAACAAAAAAGUUGUUAUUGUUUCUUUUACUGAGAAGAGAUUCAAGAUGGCUUCUGCUAUCUCAUAAUUUUAAGCUAGACUGCUAAAAUGGACUUUUCCUUUCAUUAUAGGCUGAAUGCAUCUGAUGAAGUGAGCUGUAGCUCACGAAAGCUUAUGCUCAAAUAAAUUUGUUAGUCGCUAAGGUGCCACAAGUCCUCCUUUUCUUUUUGCGGAUACAGACUAACACGGCUGCUACUCUGAAACCUAUAGGCUCAACAUUUUUCAAGUGCUUGUGCAUUUUUUAUGCUUCAAGUUACACAUGCUGUACCCAAUGUGUGCUUUUAAGUUCUGGAUUUGUACAUGCGCAUAUCUUGUUUGCGCACAAUCCUCACUUUCACACUUACAUCAGCUUGUUUUCUGUGUACAGCUCAGGAGAAUGUAAAAGUGUGCAUGCACUUUUAAAUGUAUAAGCCAAAAAGAAUAACAAAACAUAACUAUUAUGGAGUUCAAUGGAAUAAGAAGUUAGAUGGUAAUGGCCUUAUUAUGGUUAGGUGAUAGCCUUGUAGUCUUAUAGGGUAGAUGGACCUUAAUGAUAUUUCUCCUUACUCUUUGAUGUUCUGCUGCUUGGUCAGCUCAGCGUGGAAAGCACUGCUGAAGAAUUUUGAAGCAUGUUAUUCUGUGUCACAAGGUCUUGCUUUCAUAAAAUGAGCAAUUCACUCAUCCCAGACUGAACCAGCAAUUUGCUUCAGGGUACCACAGCUUUAUGCACCACCUUCCUCUAAGUUUGCAGUGCUGUCAUCACAAGUCUGUUUUGUUUACAAAUUCACAAAAACAAGAUCACAAGAUUUAUCAGUUAUUAUUUUGACUUCUUUGAGAGGUUUUGUUCCUGCAAAACACACAAUCUACAUCUCCCCAUCCUGGUUAGAAAUAUCACAUAAACUCAUGUUGAUGAGAAAAUGAGAGAAUGAGUUAUGCCAUUGACAAUACUUUGCUUUCUUAUAACUUACUGCUGAAUAUACCAUGGUUACCCUUACAAACUUGCCAGUUGCCUUAGAUGAUGCCUUAGUUAUUUUGAUAGCUUUACCUCAGUAUUUGUGGUAGUUGAGGUAAUGAGUAUAGGAAAGUUUAGUUAAUCCUACAAAUACUGAAGUAAUUGUAGUUAUUUCAUUCAAGGCAAAAACCAGCAAGUUUUUAAAGAGAACAACUGUACCUUAAAUGCACCACAUCUAUUUUGUAUUAUAUAGAAAGAAAGAAAGAAAUGCUCAUAGCAAAUGGCUUUUGUCUCUGAGAUCAUUUUUACAACCACAGAACAGCAAAGAAAGGUUCAAUAAACAAAGAUAAUAUUUGAUCAGCAAACCUUGCCUCACGAUGGUUCCAAUUUAGCACUGAUGUGGGUACAGUUCCCACUGAAUCCAAUGGGAUGGCUGACUCUGGCCCUGUAAAUUUUAUCCUAUAAAUAAAGUUCAGCCAGACUAGAGCUUUUGCUGUUCAGUCUUCAAGGCAUAUAUUAUUCACAGGUGACUACAAAUAUGACCAUUCUCCUGGAUGGUAUUUCCCCUGGUUGGUAUUCCAAGUUCAAGAACAUUUGAACAGUGGCAGCUGGAUUCUUACUUUGUCUUAUGCAUUCUGGGCAGCAUUGUUAAGGAAAUACUAGUUUUAGAAUUACUAUUGUUUAUGAUGACGAACCCAGUUUGACUUUUCAGAUCCUAAACUGAGCUAAUCCGCCACUGCCUGUAGCCCUCUACAAUCUUCUUAUAUUAGAAUCAUAUCAUAGAAUAUCAGGGUUGGAAGGGACCUCAGGAGGUCAUCUAGUCCAACCCCCUGCUCAAAACAGGACCAAUGUAUAUAUACCAUUCUCUUGAAAUAAAUUGAAAAGUACAGUAUAACUAGUCAAUUCAUACUGGAAUACUAGUAUUUCCUUUGUAGGCAGUUCAAAUUAGCUCAUACAGAAAAAUCCAGUAAUAAGUGUCUAAAAAGUGCAUUAUCCAAAUGUGACAUUUAAACUCAUGCACAGAAUUCAGUAUUUAUUUAACUGGUUUGUGCCUGCUUCUCCCGUGUAUAUCUUGAAACCUGCAUCCUACAGUUUUGCUGUUCAGAUUGAACUUUUUGGUUCUGUUUUGCUUUACUGUAUACUUGUGUGUAUGUUUGUAGCUUAGCAGUAAGACACGCGUGCCUUCCAAAGCAGCUCUUAAUUUGAGGCAGUUGAUUUUGUAAGAGUUUGAGAUCUGGAUAUGUUACAUGCAUACACAGGCUUCUUGAAUCGUUUUCAACUAUACAAAAAAAUGCUUGAGAAAUUCUGUUUGGCAGGCACUUAAGUACUGUUUCACUUACUGUACCGUGGUAGGAUUUGCAUGCAUUGCAAGACAGCAACAGAUUUGCCAGGCAAUUUAGGGCCUGACCCAAAGCUGAUUGAAAUAAACGGAUGUCUUUCCAUUGACUUCAAUGAGCAUUGGAUCAUAUCCUAAAUAAGGAUUUGUUUGUUUUUAAAUCCACUAGGUCUUCAAAUUAAUUUUAUUUAUAUGGGAUCUUUUAAGUAAAAUCUUUUCCAAAAACCAGCUCACUUUAAUUUUACCAACAGGUGAUCAGUAAUCAGUAAUCAGGUUUCAUUAUGGGCCCCAUUCCUGACUUCUGAUGAAGUCAAUGGGAAUUUUACAUUGCCUUCUAUGGAAGAAGAGAUUGGUCUCUAUAUCAUCAAGGGUCAGUUGUAAAUAUAAUUGAAACAUUUUGGGAGAGAUGUUCUUUUAACAGCUGGAUAAAUGGUAAUUGGGUGGACUUUUGAGUUUUGAGUUUUGUAGUAAAUUAAAAUUCUUGAUCAAAAUUGAAAACUUUUUUUUUUGGAAGGAUUAUGUUUUCAACUAUAAGCUUCUCUUUUAAGAGGAAUCCAAGUCUCCUAUCUAAAGCCUGAAUUAAUGGGCUCUAGGCAGGAGAAGGGGGCAAGUUGGAGGUAAAAUUCUGCCCUCAGCCAGGGCCAUGCACCCCACAGCCAAACGUCAGUCUCUGAGCUGGCGAAGCAGCUGCAGCCCUCCACACUACUUGCACAGGACAUUGGAGGCACUGGAGUCACAUGAACGUGUAUCCAGUACUCUGACCCUGAUCCGCUCCAUCAUAACUCUUUGUGCUAGAUUACGCAAGGUGAGCACAGAGGUCCCUGCUGUGGUGCACUUUAUGGCUGGGUCACAAACCAAGUAUGAGACUUAAAUGGUGUGGAGGGCCCAAGGGAAUUUUACUUUCAGUGCAGAAGCCUAAGUUAAACUCUAUUAAACUCUAAGGGGAGCUAUGUGAUGGCACUGAGGGCAGAAUAGACCCCCAUGUGAGAUUUCAGUGGGCUUUGUGGGUAACACAAGAGCAAUAAUGUAUCAAACAAAGACUACCUUCCUUAAUAGUAAUUUACUGAUAUUAAAACCUCUUUUUAUUGGGCUGGGAAAAUAACAAGUAAAAAGCAAAGAAAUGAUCCUUUUCACAUUAGUCUUCAUUGGCACACCAGCACUUCAUGUAACUGUAAUUUCAACUUGUAAUCAAACCUGAAUGCAAGAGGCGGGAUGGAACACCAUGCUUUAAAUCUAGGUAAUAUGUAAAAAGCUCUGUUUUCCCCAUGGAGGCAUGGGGAAUUCACAAGCAUAGCUUCCAUUAACAUUUUUAACAGAGCAUUGCGUAGCAACAUAAUGCAGGAAUUAGGGUCAUGAGUAUAAACAUUUCCAAGUCACUGUUUUUUCUUGGUUCGCAGAAUUAGGCUAAAUUCUGUUCCCGGUUACACCCAUGAUCCAUGUAAUAAUAUGGAGAUGGAAUAUGGCCUGCCCUAUCAAAAUUACUGAAAGAACCAACAGACUGUAAUUAGUUCAUUUGAGCUCAGAAGCAACAAUGAGUUCUUUUUUAAAUUAAGCCAUUCUCAAUAAGGGCUCAGUUGUAUAAGGCCCUGAGCAGCUCUUAAGAAUUUUUCCGAGGUCUAUGGAAGCACCUUCUAGGAGUGUUCUUUAAUGAAUGCAAAGCAGCAUUUGCUGUCUAUUAUUCCUGAAUAAGUUAAUUGUCUUUUUGGUAAUAUGUUUCAAAUGAGCAUAUCAGAUCUUUAGAGUUUGCAUUAAGGGUGUCUGUACAAUUGUAGAAAAAGAGAAUAGAACCAGAAAAGGGGUAUAGAGAGAUAGAGUGAUAGUUAAACCCACUUCGUGAAAUAAGUGGUUCCAGAAGGUAGUGUAGUAUAUCCAGCAUGGUUUUUGUAUGUUAUUUCCUAAAUUUAGAUUGGUAUGGUAACAUGUUAGAGUAACCACAUAGCUAUCAAUACAGUAAUGCAUUACAGUAGAAAUUCCUGGGGAAUAUACUGUUUCUUUAAGUCAAUACACAAUUACGUCAUCUGAUUAAUCAAUGAAUGCUGAGCCAGUUACUUUACAGGGUUAAUCUAUCAACAUUGACACUUUAAUGCCCAAAACUCAGCUGAACACCAGACCUCUGAAUUUACAUAGGAAAGUUGGAUUUGUAUGCCAUUUAUAGCUUUGUAUGCAUAGGAAUAAUGUGCAGUGUGUGUGUGUGUGUGUUGCAUCAAAGUGAAUAAAAAGAAAAGGAGUACUUGUGGCACCUU